AUGCCAGGCUCGACCACCGUCCUGGACCAUGCUGGGUCUGCGCGCGUAGGAUGGCUCGGUGGGCACACGGAUGGUGCCAAGGGAGGAAAGCGGCCCCUGCCGCAUGUCGACGAUGUCGUCUUGGUUACUGUUGAGGUGGACGCUUCCGCGCCCGUGGAGAAAGUAAUUCAGAUGGCCGAGACACUUCUGCGGCAGGCCGAGGCGUCCAAGUCAUUCGGGAGGCCAGACCUUGCACUGAAGGACUACAUACGGGCGAACCUUAUCCUUCUGGACAUCAUAAAAAAAAACAAGGGAUGGGUGUCGCUUCAGCGAGACAACAAGGCACAGUUCGAGCGCUACCAGCGGCUGCUUCGACAGGCUCACGCAGCCCACGGUGAUUUUGAGGCCAUUAAAGAACACAUUAAAGCAGACAAUGCUAGGACGGGUGUGCAGCCAACUCAUAGUCGCGCACUGUUCGCCGAGAAUGGGUACCUGAACCGGCAGGACAUGGGCAACUCUAUGAAUGGCGAUCAUGCCGGGAAGGAAAAUGGUGUCCUGGAGUAUCCGGUAUCGCCUUCCUCGAAAAGCAAGCCGGUAGUACACCCGAAACCCCAGGGCCUCCAAGGCAAUGCGAUCUCAGGUGCUGUGACUACGUCGAUCAAGACCCAGGAUCUGCUUCAACGGUUUUCAAAUCUGCGGGCGGGUACUACCAGGCCUACACAAGACCCGCGCAUCAGAACACAACCUAUCGUCCCACCAGAGUUGCCAGGGCGCGCAAAGCCUCCGGAAGCGCCGCCCGCAGGCACGCCUAUCUCUGAGAUUAUAACCCAAUUACCCAAGAUACCUGACGCCAUUUACAACCCUGCAAGAGGGACCAUUUCUAGUGAAACUGCUGCAUUGCCCUCAAGUGCUCCUCGUGCCAUGUUCACAAGGACGAACUCGACGGCAUCCCUGAGCAAGACAAAGAGCGUCAAACCGACCACCGCUGCCGAGAGCUCAACACCGACCCAAACCUUUGGGCCGGCAAACACGAAGCGGACUAAGCUGUCUGUCCCUGACGGUGACACAAUAUCCGUCGAGGAAUUUAUGCGGCUUAUGAGGGCGGGGGCCAAGGACUUGUCGAUCCUGCUGAUUGAUAUCAGAAGCCGCGAGGAAUUUGAUGACGGCCACAUCAUGUCACAGGCAACUAUUUGCCUCGAACCUGAAGUGCUCUCAAGACCUCAUAUCUCGGCGAACCAGAUCGCAGACAGCAUGGUUCUGGCGCCGACAGCAGAGCAACUGCUCUUUGAGAAGCGGCACGAGUUUGACUUGAUCGUUUUCUAUGAUCAGAACUCCGAACUCGUGUUGGGUAACCCACAAACCCAGGAAGAGAGAGCCGUAUCAGGCCUAUUCAAUGCUCUCAGCCAGUACGACUUCUCGAGUGGGCUUGGGUCGAAGGCUGCGCCAAAACUGCUGAGGGGGGGUCUAGACGCAUGGACGAGCAUGGUUGGCAGUGGGAGCCUGCAGUCGUCCUCGACAACCACGACAAAGAAGUUCACGUCGACGCCCAUGGCAAGGUCAUUCCUAAACCCUCGCCAGAAGCAUGUGACCCGACCAAUUCAGGAUCCCGCAGAGGCCAAGCGGUGGGAGGAUUCCAUUACACAGCGCGGUGCCAUCUCCCCGCUCAGGACAACCGAAGACUUCCUCCGUCGGUUCCCUCCAAUUGCGGAGACGCGGGAAUCGAUGGUGUCUCCGGUCAGCCCCCCAUCGAGCCGGCCGCAGAGCCCGUUUCACUACCGUCUAUCGCAUGAAGAGAAUCUCUACACAUCUCUCCCUUCCCCGCCUGCUCGCCCUCCCCCCGCAGUGCCUCGUAGGAGCUAUAGUGGGCUCGCUGAAACCGAAGACAGCUCUGUUGCACUGGCUAAGAAGUCUUCAUCGAAGGCCAUCGACACCGUACGGAAGAAUCGGACAGGACUGCAAAAUACUGGUGUCCUUUGCUUCGCGAACAGCUCGCUGCAAGCCAUGUUCGCCACGCCGGGCUUUGCGCGAGAGGUAUGGUCGGGGGAAUGGAAAGAUGCGUACAAGGUGCCAAAGAAGCCGGAUGAGCAACUCGAAAACCCACAGCUACUCAUCAAAUGCUUGGCAAACCUGUUCCAUUGGCUCAACCUAGGGACAUUCGAGGCCCUCCAGGCCAGGACGCUUAUGGAGUACCUCUACUUCAUCCAUUCCAAGGGUGCGGACGGUAGAAAGAAGGCAGAGAGCGAGAUCUUCGGUGGCCCCUCCCAGCAAGAUGCCCAAGAAUUCUAUUCAUUCAUCAUGGACAACAUCCAUGACGAGACGAAUACCCAUCGAGACAAGAAGCCUCCCAAGGAGGAAAAGCCAUACACUCCCGACAAUGGCUCCGUUAUCCAAAACGCCGUGGACUACUGGCGCGAAUACUCAAAGGCUAGCUCCUCUCUCGUAGACAAGUACUUCCGUGGUCUUGAAGUGUUCAUCUCGCGCUGCCAUAACCGCGCCUGCCGGCAAGAGAUCCGCCUCUUCCAGCCCUGCGAUGUCUGGAUCCUCAACCUUGCUGGCAUGGGCCACGCAACCGACCUUGACAGCCUUCUCGCAAAUCACCAGACCUCGGAGGAUUUCCCCGACCUCGUCUGCGAGACCUGCAAGCAACCGGGACGCACGCGCAAGGCAAGAUUCGCCCGCCUCCCCGACCGCCUCGUCUUCUGCUUCAACCGCUUCCACGGCUCCGGCGCCGGCGGAUUCAGCAACCGUUUGAUGUUUUCGGGUAAGAUCCACACCAAAGUGCGGUUCCCUAUCCGCGAUCUCGACCUCACGCGCUACUGCGCCGAGCCGGACCCGGACAUGGACAUGUCCGACGACCGGCAUUUUGCGGGACGCAUGCGGUAUGAUUGCUAUGCGGUGACCGUGCAUGUCGGACAGGGCAUCAACGGGGGGCAUUACUUCAGCUACGUGCAGGACGAGACGUCCAAGGACCCAACCGAUUGGUUUCGGUGCAACGACCAUAUCGUUGACAGGGUCAAGAUUGGGAGCAAUAGGCCCGAUGAUGUGACCGAGACGAUGUAUCAGAGUGGGAAUACGUCGGCGUAUAUGGUGUUUUAUCGCCGGCGGGGCACCUGA